AAUGAAACUCAGUGAUUUAUUUGUCUUCUGUGCAGUUUUGGUGGCUGCUCAUGCAGAUCAUAAAACUCUGAUCUUAGUUGAAAAUUAUGGCGUCAAAGAGACGCAUUCUAUUUUUCUAGGCUAUCUUACCGGAUCAGGGCAUGAACUGACAUACAAAAUGGCCGACGACUCUACAUUAACGCUUUUUCAGUUUGGGGAGCUCGUAUACGACAAUGUAAUCAUUCUCGCGCCGUCUACCCAAGAUUUUGGUGGCGACUUGAGCUCGGCUACUUUCGCCGAGUAUGUUGAUUCUGGUGGAAAUGUAUUCGUUAUUGCUGACUCUUCAAUUGGAGAUGCCAUUCGCGAUUUUGGUUAUGAGUGCGGAAUUGAGUUUGAGGAAUCUGGUACGAAGGUAAUUGAUCAUCUUAACUUCGAUUUUGCCGAUGAAGGGAUGCACUCUCGGCUGUUUAUCGACCCAAAACAAGUAAUGGACAACAAAUUGAUCACUGGCGGUGUCCCUGUGCACCCUGUUUUGUAUGAUGGCAUUGGCAUGCUUUUAGAUGACGAAAACGAACUUCUCAUCCCAGUCAUAACUGCUACGUCAACCGCUUACAGUUUCUUUCCAGCCGAUAAAAUCACCGAGCAUCCCGAAGCUGUAGGAAAAAGUACGACUCUUAUCACUGCUCUUCAGGCUCGAAACAAUGCCCGAGUGAUGUUUGUAGGCUCAUUAGAAAUGCUCUCUGACAAAAUGAUCCUCUCGCCAGUUAAGAAAGCAGGUACCGAUAAACUUCACCCCAGUAACGGAAACGCUGCGCUGAUCCAGUCGCUUCUAAACUGGACCUUUAAAAAAGUGGGAGUAUUGAGAAUUGCCGAAGUCAAUCAUCAUCUCAAAGGAGAAGUUGAGCCUCCUUCGUAUUACACGAUUACUGAAGACGUCGAAUACAAGAUCAAAAUUGAGGAGAAAAUGGAUGGAAAAUGGGUUGAGUUCAAGAAUCAGGAUGUGCAGAUGGAGUUUGUGCGAAUCGACCCAUUCGUGAGGCUUGCGAUGAAAAAGGAAAAGGGAUUUUAUGUUACGAAGUUCAAGCUUCCAGACGUGUACGGUGUGUUUCAGUUCAAGGUCAACUACAAACGAGAGGGAUACACUUUCCUCUCUAGCGCCACUCAGGUGCCUGUGCGACCUCUGAAGCACAACCAGUACGAGAGGUUCAUCCCAGUCGCCUACCCCUACUAUGUGAGUGCAUUCUCCAUGAUGAUCGGAGUACUCCUCUUCUCCUUCGUCUUCCUACACUACAAAGACCCGACCACCUCCGCUUCCACAAAGCAGAAGUCUCAGUAAACAGAACAACGCUUGAAAUGGAACUUAAUCCUUCAUGAAAUUUGCUAUUUUCCAGUUCCUCAACUCAAGCUCUCACAUCAAAAAUAAUAUUGAACUCCCCCAUUAGAAAAGGAAAGGAAGAAAAAUGUUGAAUACAAUUACCUAUAAUGCAUAAAUGAACAAAACUUCCAUUCUCUAGAAGAUUUUGUUCGAUUUCAAAUUUAUAUAAUUCCUUUCGAUUGUCAGGAAUUGGAAGGUAGAUCAUAUUACUUGAGAUAAUGUUAUGUUUGUGCAUUUACUAGAGGUAUCCUUUCUGCAUUAAGUCGAACUAGUUUUUCUGGUUUGAAAUCAGACCAAUUUGUUCCUUGUGUUGUAAAUAGGUGAAGGUGUCCCACAUUGUAAUGAAGUUAUAAUUACGUCCCUAUUAGUGCAGCCAAUUGUUAUGUGCCCAUUUCCUUAGAGUUAUUUUUCGAGAAGUUUUGGAGAAAAGAUUUUGCUAGAACUUUUACAGGAAAAAUUUUGCUAGAACUUUUACAGGAAAAAUUUUGCUAGAAUUUUUUAAGGUAAUAGUUCAAGUUUGUUCCAAAAUUUACCAAAUGAUUGAAGGUUAAAAAUUGACUUUCUACUAAUUUUUGUGACUUGUACGUUUCAUUGUCAAAAUCAACCUUUAUUGAAACCCGAUGUGCUUUUGAUGAUUUAUUUGCAUUCAAUUGAGUGUGUCCGUUAAAUGAUGGUUGUACCAUUGACUUGAUGUAAUAAUAUGUACCUAUUAUAUAUACAUAUCUAUUGUCUUUUAUCGGCCUAAAAGUUGUACCUUUAAUUCAUUAUUUGGGAUAA